UAUCGCGAGAGCGAGCAGGCUGGUCGUCUGGCGCUGGGUGCGAUGGCUGCGCCGGCCGCGGUGGAGACUCCGUGCGGGAGAGACGCGAUCGCGGACGGGCUGCUGGGCCUCCUGAGGCCCGCGGUGCAGCAGCUCGAUCUGCACGUACAUUCGGUCAGAGAGAGUCAGGUGGAGCUUCGGGAACACAUUGACAACCUGGCGACUGAGUUAUGCAGAAUUAACGAACAUCAGAAAGUCGCCCUUGACUUGGACCCCUAUGUAAAGAAACUGCUGAAUGCACGCCGUAGAGUGGUUCUGGUCAACAACAUCCUUCAGAACGCCCAAGAACGCUUGCGGAGGUUGAACCAUAAUGUGGCCAAGGAGACGGCACGCCGAAAAACCAUGCUUGAAACAUCUGGAGCGUUUUCCACCCGGUCACCAAGCAAACCAUGACGAUCUACGCUUAAAGACACUGAACCUUUACACUGUGGCAUCUGCUGUACACGAGCAGAGGCUUCAGCAGAAACAUUCUGAGCUAUGCACAGCGUCAGCAGGCGUGUGGCACUGCUAAACAGGUAUUGUGUUACUUUAAAGGAAUAGUUGACUGGAAAUGUAAAACUUGCACCCUCCCCUUUUCCCAGAAAUUUGGGGUCACCUUUGUGUCGAUUUUUCUUUCGUUUACUUGAGCUGGAACCCUAUGACUAACGUAAUUGACUACCAAGCCUGUGUAAAGUGUAAGUAAGAAGCAAACUUCCGACACGGAGCGUGGCUUAGCCAAUCGCCUGUGUUUGGGGUACGCAGGAAUAACACUUCCUCUACAGAGAACGCGCAUAGAAAUGACCUCUUUCUGCAAAUUUUAGAGCACAGUUUCUGUUUAUUUGCUGAUUUUUACAGAUUAUUAAAAAAUCCAACAUGAAACUCAGAAUUGUUGCACAGGCCGCAUUGUUUUCACUUAGAAAA